AUGUCCUUCUGUUGUCAGGACAAGUUAAUUCUCAUCUGUGCCACAUUGCUUCUGUCCGGUGUCUGCUUUCUCGGCUUGCUAGGCCAAGCUGUUCAGGCCACCUCCAUUCCACACAGUUACUCAUCCCAAAGAAGCGCAUCUGCACAAUUGAAUUCCGACCUACAGCGACAGAUUGGCGCUUAUGUCACAGAUUUGGUGAUGGCAUUGACUAGACAAAAGGAGAUGCAAGAGGCCCGAGAGGCUCGAGUACACUACACAUGUCAAGAGGAUGAGAGUGGGACAAAAUGUGGCGAACCUGUGUUUGGCCAAGAGGACAUGCAGACGAUGGGAAAAAGCUUGAUUAAGCGUGGACCUGAGUUCCGACGAAGACGACGAUCUGGAGCAUACAACUUUGGGUCAGGUCUUUGA